AUGUUUCAUUGCAUUCCUAUUAUAAAUUAUCAAACAACUCAUCUGAAAAGUCUACUUAAUAUAACUGAAAAACUACAUUCAAACCAUAUCUUUGAAUCAUAUUUAACUCCUCAACAAUUAAUACUGUUAGAAUACAUUUUAUCUAUUAAAGAUCCCGACAUUAAAGAAAAAAUAUGGAAUGAGUUGAUGAAUGCUAACUUAGUCCUUGAUGUCAUCACUACUACGAACCCCUCAACGAAUAAUUACUCUAACAUUACACAAGACAGAGAAAUAAACACUAAUGUAUCCAAUAAUGAAAAAAAAUUAGAUAAUACAAAAGACACUUCCAACUCUGGAAAUGAAAAAUUAACAAUAGAUGAAGUUAAUGCAGACAUCAAUCAACUUGAUCUCACAGAAUUAUCUCAACACAUUACAACUCCUGGAUUUAUUGGAAAUUUAUCUAUGAAAAUUAGAUAUGUUCUUUGGCAAUGUGCUAUUGAUACAGCUUUUAAAGUUCCCAGUAAAAUUGAAGUAUUAGCUGAGGACAAUCAACAACAUAAUGUAUUUGAUUAUGUACUAUUAGAUGAAAUAAGUGACAAAAACGAUGGAAGUUCUACUAAACCCUUCCUAUCUACUACAGAAAUGUUAAGUACAAAAUCUAAAUUAACCGAUAAUUAUUCUGAUGACAAUUAUGAUGAAGAUGAUGAUGACUACGAUUGUGAGCCGGCUGAACGCCAGGAAUAUAAGGACCAAAAAACUUUCUUCAAUGACCAAGGUGUCAUAUUAAAAACAGAUGAGCAAAACAGACUUGUUUUAACAAUUGAAAUAUCAACUACUACGUUAUCCAAAUUGCAAACCAAUAAUUACGAUGCAAUUAUGGAGAAUUGGACUAAAAUAUACCACAGUUUUGAAUAUGACAAGGAAACAGUAAUGAAAAGAUUAAAACUAGAGGCUAAUAAUGAAUUAUUAGAGAAAGAAAAGGAUAGGAAGAGACCACUGGAAACAGAAAAUAGUGAAAAGAAAAAUAUGUCUGAUAACACACCUGAAGAUAAUAAUUCUGAUUAUGAAGAGGAACAGAAUACUAGUAAAAGACCGAAACAUGAGAGUAUCAGUUUGUCAACAAACCUAGGGAUUGCAAACCUAUCAUUAAAGCAUUUGUUAAAUGCCAUUCAAACAGAUAAAACAAAAGUUAAUUUAUCUGACUAUGAAUUAAAAACAUUAAUAACUGAUGUUAAAAAAAACAGAUCGAAGUGGUCAUCUGAUGACAGGAUAGGUCAAGAAGAAUUAUAUGAAGCAUGUGAAAAAGUAGUUUUGGAACUUAGAAAUUAUACGGAACAUUCAACACCAUUCCUUAACAAAGUAAGUAAAAGAGAAGCUCCAAAUUACCACUUAGUCAUAAAAAAAUCCAUGGACCUUAAUACAGUAUUAAAGAAACUAAAGACAUUUCAGUACGAUUCUAAACAAGAUUUUGUUGAUGAUAUUAUGCUGAUUUGGAAAAAUUGUUUAACGUAUAAUUCAGAUCCAUCCCAUUUUUUAAGGGCACAUGCCAUUGCCAUGCAAAAAAAGUCCCUACAACUAAUACCAAUGAUUCCCAAUAUAACAGUUCGAAGUCGUGCUGAAGUUGAAAGAGAAUUGGCUGAAAUGGAAAAAGAUAAAGAUUAUGAAGAAGAUGGUGAAGAUGAGGAAGAAGAGGAAGUAGCUGGUUCUGGAAGAAAAGGGUUAAAUAUGGGUGCUCAUAAACCUGCUUGUGACGAUUUCGAUAAUGACAAGGUGAAUAUGCAAAAAUCUGAUGAUGCAAUUAAAGAUCAUGUGUCUGGAAAUAAUGCCUCCAUUACGACAGUAGAUAAUAUUGAUAAAUUAAAGAGUGAUCAAACCAUAUCAAUGAAUAACUCGGAAGGUACGGAUACCAAGAAAAACGAUGUUACAACUGGCUUACAUGUACAAGAUACUUCAAAUGAGAAUUCUGAAAUAAAAUCGGAACUAUAUAGUGAAAAGUUAAAUAACAUUCCUGAUUCUUUAUCACACACAUCUAAAGAUACCACUAAUACAGUACAUGAAUCUAAUUCUAAAACAGAUGAUGAAAAAAACAAAAGUAUUUCAGCAAAUACUUCUGAACAAACACAUAUGAUCGAUACAAAAAAUGUCAAAAGAGAGGUUAAGGAAGAAGAUGUUAAAGCGACAGAUGAGGACAAUGAAGAAGAAAGAGAAGAAAUUGAUGAAACGCAAAAUUUUAUAAAUGAAAUUGAUGAUGAUAGAGAUGAUAUUGAAAUAUCAGUCUGGAAAUCUGCAACUGCUAAAUGCAGAGCUGAAAUUUGCUUGAAAAGAAGUGAACAUUUUACAAACGGUAGAAUUAAUACAAUGUCUAAAGCCUUACUAAAAGAUCCUAACAAAAUGAAGAGUCAUUCACUACUAUGGCAGGAAUAUAAACAACAAAAGGAAAUAGAAUUGCUGCAACAAAAGUUAGAACAAGAAUCUAUUAUGAAAAAUGGGUUUGGUACAUCUUUCAAAGAAGAAGAAUCUGAACAAAAUAUUUAUGAUGAAUCUACAAAAGUACUUUUUGGAGACAAUGCUGUUACUGAUAUAGAUUAUGAAAACUCGUCUUUACUUCAAGAAUAUAAUGUUGUUAACACUCUACCUAAUCUUGAAUACAAUGGCAUACCUAGCGAAGUUUUGGAUAAACAAGAAACUUCAUACAUUAAUCAGUUGCUAGAAACUGGGGUAGCUCAUCAUAGUAUUUACCAAAAAAAUGUAAGGAAGGGUAUGUCUGUACAAAUGAAUGCAAAUAUUUCAUUGAUCCAACAAAUCAGGCAUAUAUGUCAUAAAAUAUCAAUUAUAAGAAUGCUUCAAAAUCCUCAAUACCUACAGAAUACUAAAAAUUCACAGAGUAGUUUUAACAUUUCAAAACAUAAAUUUUCAUAUAGUGAUAUUGAUGAUACAGUUGAUAUUGAUCCAAUAUCCCAAAUGAAUACACACGACUAUAGAAACAAUAAAGAACUUAUUUGGAGAAUUAUGCAUAAAAAUGUAUCCAAAAUAUCCAUGGCUAAUGGUUUUGAAACUACCCAACCCUCCGCAAUUAAUAUUUUAACUGAGAUUGCUAGUGAUUACUUAUCUAACCUUAUCAAAACUAUGAAAUUACAUCAUGAAUCUAAUAGUCUAAAUACGAAAAAUACAGAAGAAAUCCUGCAUCUAACAUUAUUAGAAAAUGGUAUUCCCCGUCCAGACUCACUAUAUUCUUACAUUGAAAACGAAUUCAAAAAAAAAACCAAAAAACUUAAAGAUAUUAAAACUAAACUAGAAUCUUUUUUAAAAGACUUGCUAAGACCCACCUUACAAGAACUCUCAGAAAGAAACUUUGAAGAUGAGAGUGAAAAUUUCCUUACUGGAAAUUUUGCAAGUGAAUUGACAGGGGAAGACUUCUUUGGUUUUCAAGAACUUGGUCUGGAUAAAGAAUUUGGUAUUCUAAGUUCAUCUGUACCUCUACAAUUAUUAACUACACAAUUCCAAGCUAUUGAUAGUGAGAAGAAAGUUCAGCAUAACAAGGUGCAACCGGAAGAAAUUGAUUCGGUCAAUUACUAUAAAAUUACUAAGAAAGAUAUCCAAACAAACAAUCGUUAUCACAUUCUUAAACCUUUACUAAAAAAAGCAUAUGAAAAAUCAAAACUUUAUUCACUCAGACCUGUUAAGAAUGGUCCUGUACUUAAAUCUCCAAGUCAUGAUCCAGAAAAUGAUAUGUAUAUCAUACUUGAAGAUGAAGAAAUUCCUCAAAAAAAAGGAUCUUCGAAAUUAAGAUUGCCACCAACUGGUAAGAUUAGUACGGUCUAUAAAAGAAAAGUAAUUGCUAAUGCUUUUUUCAUACCUGAAUUACCUUCCACCAAUUUAGAAACGCCUCAAAUAAAUUAUGUUAAGUCUGGCGAUGAAGAUGAUGAGGGACAACUGUUGAACUCCAACGAGAGUUUUCAAUUUGAAAAUUCUUCAUCCAUUUUAAGCCCAAUUCAAAAAAUAACUGAAACUAGCAAUGUCACAGUCGAUUCACCUACUCAAAAUACUAAUACACCAACAAAUGAGUCAUUUUCCCUUGAGUUACCUAAGAUAGAAUAA